AUGUUCAGGGUUAUUCAACUGCAUAUCCUGAUCCUGGUCAGCUCGUUGGCAUUGAUGAGCGCACAGCAGCAGCAGCAGCAGCCAGGGUUUCAAACGUAUCCCUCAUGGCUAUACUCUAUGCCCUGGCGUCCAUUGAUCCUGCCCACAGCUAGCCCUUUGCCGCCUCUGGAUGGGAUUGCUCAACUGAGUCCUGGUUACACGGGCCCCCAGACGUUCCCUCCAGUUCCUCAGGAUCAACAGCAGCAGCAGCAACAAAAGCAGCAAUUUACCAUCCCGCAGCAGCAGCAAUAUCAGCCACCAAACCAACAGCAGUACCAACAGCCAUUUCAGCCCGUACUGGUGGGUUUAUUCACUCCUCAGCUGCAGGCCCAUCCCCUGGCCGCUCCUCCACAGGCUGGACACUUUGGCCUGCCCUUCAGACCAUCCCCCUUCGCCGGCUACACGGAUGACGAGGAUGGUGAUACGGUUCAGGGGCAGGGAAACCAAGUCCAGGAGCAACAGCCGCAGCAGCAACUGGAGGAAGCCCCCUUCCAUGCCUAUCCCUAUAAUAAGCCAGUGCAGGAGCAGCCAAGUGGUGCAGGAGGAUUUGGAGGUGGCCCACUAGGCUACGUAUAUUUCUCCCCUAGUAAUGCUUAUAAUCUCGUAAGAACUUAG